AAAAACUUAAAUAUACAGUACACGCCGGUAGCUCAUAGGGAGAGUUUCUUUCCUGUUGCGGUAAAAGCUUUUCGUUGAGUACCGCACUAAGACGACGACGCGCCGAAAAUCAUAUGAAACCAAAAUACACAUCUAUUUCUUUUCAUUUCAUUUGUUCACUGUCGUACAUACAGAAUAUAGUUAAAGUUGAAUAUUAAACGCAAUUAUUAGGUGUAAAGUGAUCCAGUCAAUUAAAACACAGCUUAGUGAAACAACAAUAAAUAUAAAAUGGCAGCAACACAACAGCAAAGCGAAGAUAUCCUCCAUAACCAACCGCUGAUACAGCCGAAGCAGCAGCAAUUUGCAUUGCUGCCGAAGAUCAUUAACGGAGGCAUUGCGGGCAUUAUUGGUGUGACAUGUGUUUUCCCAUUGGAUUUGGUGAAGACUCGGUUGCAGAACCAGCAAAUCGGUCCAAAUGGCGAACGGAUGUAUUCAAGCAUGUUCGACUGCUUCCGUAAGACAUACGCUGCAGAGGGCUAUUUCGGCAUGUAUCGAGGCUCGGGCGUGAAUAUUUUGCUUAUCACACCUGAAAAGGCUAUUAAACUGACGGCGAAUGAUUACUUCCGACAUAAACUUACCACUAAGGAUGGUAAACUGCCUAUGAGCUGUCAAAUGUUGGCUGGAGGCUUGGCAGGCGCAUUCCAAAUCAUUGUCACCACGCCCAUGGAGCUGUUGAAAAUCCAAAUGCAGGAUGCGGGCCGUGUAGCUGCCGCUGCAAAAUUAGCGGGCAAAACCGUUGAAAAGGUUUCAGCCACACAAUUGGCCACGCAGCUUUUUAAAGAAAAGGGCAUUUUUGGUCUAUACAAGGGCAUUGGUGCCACGGGCUUACGUGACGUCACUUUUUCCGUAAUUUACUUCCCACUCUUUGCCACUCUUAACGAACUGGGUCCACGGCGAAAUGAUGGAUCUGGCGAAGCGGUAUUUUGGUGUUCCUUCUUGGCUGGUUUAGCGGCUGGCUCAACGGCAGCCCUGGCAGUCAAUCCCUUUGACGUGGUGAAAACUCGAUUGCAGGCCAUCAAAAAGGCUGAUGGUGAGAAGGAGUUUAAGGGAAUCACCGAUUGCAUCACCAAAACUCUUAAGCACGAAGGACCUACAGCAUUCUUCAAGGGCGGUCUUUGCCGUAUGAUUGUGAUUGCUCCAUUGUUCGGUAUCGCCCAAACCGUUUACUAUUUGGGCGUAGCCGAGGGCUUGCUAGGCAUGCAGAAGAAGUAAUUGACAAAGUCUAUCCAGAAGCAUUUUUGCUUUUGCUUCAAAUGUUAUAUGUGAAUGUAUACGUAAACGCUGUUAUUGUUACUGUUAAAGCUGUCUAAUUUCGAUGUAAAAAGUGAAAGCGCUCCAUAGAAAUAUGCAAUUAUGUUAUCCCUUUCAUAUAUAUACUUUUAUAUACGAAUAUAUAUAAUAUAUAUGUAUAUUUAUAUAUAUGGGUAUUUAAAUUUAUAUAUACAGGUGAUAAUACAAACUAUUACAGGCAAAAGAACUUCUAUCCCAAUGACAAUAAGAUAAUGAUUAUCAAUGCUAUUAUAUUAUAUCAAUGCUAUUAUUAUGAUUAUGAUUAUUAAUGCCAUUAUUAUGUAAAUAUUUAUUUUAGCCACACAUAUCUAUAAAAUCGCAUAUAGAAUUUCAAUUUAUACAAAUUAUAAUUAGUUCAGUACAAUUUGCACGUUCUUUUGCCUAUAUAUGAUAGACAUUUUUAGUAAAUUUGCAUUUUUUGUUUGCUUUUAGGGAGCGAAUUAACUGUUAGAAACAGUAAGACUAUGACCAUAGCUACUAAAGCAAGAUAUCUUCUACAAACAACUGUCAUAACUUUACGACAUAUAUACAUUUUUAGUUAAUACAUUUAUAAAUUAAAUUUAAAGCCUAUUUGUUUUGAUUACACAAGAAUAUAAAUUAAUGUGAUUUAUUGACAACCUAAAAAGAAUUAUACAUCUUAUGCACAAGUUUUUGGUUAUAUGUACUACAUAUAUAGACUGUCUAGAUUCAAAUUAAUCAAUUGAUUCUGCCAAAAGAUCACUAUCGAGCUCAAAGACACGAGUAUGUAAGUUUUUUGUCACACUCCACUCCAUUGAGUUUCACUUCCUUGAUUAUUUUCAUGAUCUAGCUAUUCAGGACGACAGAAGAAGCAGUUUCAAUGGAAAGUUAGGCUUUAUGGCGCCGCCACUAAAUGCGAAUAUCGAAAAGAAAUUAGAUGCCAUCCACAUAAUUACUCCAUUUGUUUGUUAAAUAUUUUAUUUUUAUCUAAUGCGGGCAUAAUUUUUAUUGUAAUUGUUGGUUUUACUAUACUUUCAUAUUCAUAAGUAACAUCGAAACAAUUUAUAAAAUGUAUAUGCUGUAGUAAAUAAAUAUAUUAUAUAUUA